AUGAACCGUGAAAUGGUCUACUUCUUCACAGAUAACCAGGCUGUCGCCCUGCACCCCCAAGGCCUGGACUCCUCGGCCCUGGCUCCAGCAGCCCCGAAGACGUCAAAGCUUGUUCGGGUCACCCUGGCACUUAUGGUCAUCACCAUUGUCACCUCUCUCAUAGCUCUCUUUUUUGUGGUUCUACAGAAACCAAGACCUGAACCGGAGGCCUAUGCCUACUCCCAGAAGUUUCUGGGAGACAACGCUACUGGGCAGUUACCUGUGGAAACCGACAAUUCCUGCCACUUUGAAAGGGUGGCAGAGUUACAAGAGACCCUCCAGAUGUUUAAAGACCAUGUGGAGAACUCCAGCACCUGGACCAUGGAGAUCCAGAUGUUGAUGUGCAGAGUGGACAAUGUCAGUUCUCAGAUCCAGACGCUCGGCAGUGAUCUGCAAAAUACCAGUGCUGACAUCCAAAUGGUAAAAGGAGUUCUAAAGGAUGCAAAUACCUUGAGUUUCCAGACCCAGAUGUUAAAAAGUUCCUUGGAGAGGGCCAGUGCUGAGAUCCAGAGACAAAAGGGAGAUCUGGAAAAGGCAAAUGCUUUAAAUUCCCAGGCCCAGAGUUUCUUAAAAACCAGUUUAGAAAACACCAGCUUUGAACUCAAUAUGUUGAGCAGAAGCUUAGAAAAUACCAACACUGAAAUUCAGGUGUUGAAGGCAGGGUUGGAAAUGGCAAAUACCAAGGCCCAGCUGGCAAACAAUAGUUUAAAGAAUGUUAAUGCUCAGAUCCUUGUUUUAAGAGGCAAUCUGGAGAGUAUCAAUGAUUUAAGGGCCCAGAAUCAGGUUUUAAGUAAUAGCUUGAAAGGAACCAAUGCUGAGAUUCAGAAGCUAAAAGGAAGCCUGCAAAAUGCAAAUGAUUUAAACUCCCAAACUCAGACCCUUAUAAGAGGCAGUUUAGACAACACUAGUGCUGAGAUCCAGUUAUUAAGAGGUCAUUUGGAAAAGGCUGGUGAUGAGAUUCACUUGUUAAAAAGAGAUUUGGAAAUGGCUACUGCCCAGACCCAAAGAGCUAACAGUCGCCUGGAACAAACAAAUGCUAAGAUCCAAGGGUUAAAAACAGAGCUGGGAAACACCAAUGCCUUAAAUUCUGAUAUUCAGGUGUUAAACGAUCAGUUGAAAAAUGCCAGCAGAGAGAUACAGACCCUAAAACAAGAAAUGAAGGAUACUGCAGCCUUAAAAUCCAAGACCCAGAUGCUAGAGAGCAGUCUGCAGAAGGCCAGUGCUGAGGUUCAGAGGUUAAAAGGGGAUUUAGAGAACACGAAAACACUAACUGCGAAAGUCCAGGAGCAGCAGAGCAGCCUGGAGACCCUCCGUGCAGACUUUGACACGCAGAAGCAGCUACAGAAGUCCCAAAAUGAACUUCUCCAACUGAUCCUGGAAGGCUGGCAGGUCUAUAACAGGAACUUGUAUUACUUUUCUCAUGUGAAGAAGUCUUGGCAUGAGGCUGAGCAGUCCUGUAUGUCCCAAGGAGCCCAUCUGGCCUCGGUGACCUCUGCAGAGGAGCAGGAAUAUCUGACAAAGUUCACAGGUACCUUAUAUCAUUGGAUUGGCCUCACUGACAGCGGCAAUGAGGGCUCUUGGAGCUGGACUGAUGGGACACCAUUCAAUUUUGCUCACAGCAGAGCGUUUUGGUAUGAUAAUCAGCCAGACAAUUGGCAGCACAGUGAUGGGCAGGACGAAGACUGUGUUCACAUGCAGAAGAAGUGGAACGACAACAGCUGUAAGGCCCUCUUUCACUGGGUCUGCAAGAAGCCCAUCAGUCAGGCUGUGGCCUGA